CUGGGGAUGGGGAUGUACUUAUUUUGAAUGUUUUUAGAAACUUGGAAGGAAGUAAAUGAAACUUACUGUUUAAAGUUGGGACUACUGUAGUUAAAUGUUGAUUGCUAGGCUAACAAAACAGACACGUUGUUGAAGUAUUUUGUUCCAAAAUAGGACCCGUAGCAUCUCCUCCUCAAAAAGUUUCUUCUGAUUGGGCAGCGUGCAUCCGCCAUGACGCAGGGCGCCACCUCAUUGGUCCGCGCAAUCGGGAAUCCGGUAGUUUUUCUCUUCAGCGUUCAGGGCGCCGCCUCACUUGUCUUCCUGUAAUUGAGCGGUCCCUUCCUUCCAGUGCCCCGCGCUGCUAGUCCAUAGGGAUCCAGCUAGGCCGAGUAACUGCUUUGGAAUUAGCCAGUAAGACGCGGCGGGCACGGCGUACCGGUGAAGGGUGGUUGGUGAGCCUGGGUAUCAUGACAACCUUGGAUGACAAGUUGCUGGGGGAGAAACUCCAGUACUACUACAGUAGCAGUGAGGAUGAGGACAGUGAUCAUGAAGACAAAGACAGAGGCAGAAGUGCUCCAGCCAGCAGUUCCAUACCUGCAGAGGCUGAGCUGGCAGGCGAAGGCAUCUCAAUUAAUACAGGUCCAAAAGGUGUGAUAAAUGACUGGCGCCGCUUCAAGCAGUUGGAGACAGAACAGAGGGAAGAGCAGUGCCGGGAGAUGGAAAGACUGAUCAAGAAGUUGUCUAUGACCUGCAGGUCUCAUCUGGAUGAAGAGGAGGAGCAACAGAAACAAAAGGACCUCCAGGAGAAGAUUAGUGGGAAGAUGACUCUAAAGGACUUUACCAUGAUGAAUGAGGACCAGGAUGAUGAGGAGUUUCUGCAGCAGUACCGGAAGCAGAGGAUGGAAGAGAUGCGGCAGCAGUUACACAAGGGACCUCAAUUCAAGCAAGUUUUUGAAAUCCCUAGUGGAGAAGGGUUUUUGGACAUGAUUGAUAAAGAGCAGAAGAGCACCCUCAUCAUGGUCCAUAUUUAUGAGGAUGGCAUUCCAGGAACCGAAGCCAUGCAUGGCUGCAUGAUCUGCCUUGCUGCAGAGUACCCGGCUGUCAAAUUCUGUAGGGUAAAGAGCUCGGUUAUCGGGGCCAGCAGUCGGUUUACACGGAAUGCUCUUCCUGCUCUGCUCAUCUACAAGGGAGGUGAAUUGGUUGGCAAUUUUGUUCGUGUCACUGACCAGCUGGGGGAAGAUUUCUUUGCUGUGGACCUUGAAGCUUUUCUGCAGGAAUUUGGAUUACUCCCAGAAAAGGAAGUCUUGGUGCUGACGUCUGUGCGUAACUCUGCCACCUGUCACAGUGAGGACAGCGAUCUGGAAAUAGAUUGAACUGAUGGUCUUGUCGAACAGCUUUCUCACUGUUUGGUCUGGAAGACACAUGUCUAUGUUUAUUUUUGUUCCUUCUUGUGUCUCUGGCUUUUCAGCUUUUUUUGUAGUCUCUUUAUUAUCUGGAAAGUAAAGACAUUCUUAGAUUAAAUCAGAAUACUGAAUCACCUUUUGGCUAGCAAUAAAGUAACCCAAAAUUAUAUAAACAGGAAGACAGGCUUUUGAACUGUUUACUUAAGAUUCUCUAGCAUGACAUCUCUGUUAUUGUUUCCAGUCAGUAUUUACAUGGCAUCCUUAAAACAUUGUCCUGGAAAUUGUCUUCUGGUGAUCUCAGAGGUCUCUGCCAGGUCUGAGAAUAGAAUCUUCUUUUCCCUGGGUUAUUUGCAGUGGAAAUCAUGCAUUUCCCUAAUCAAAUGAUUAUAAUUUAUAUCUACUUAUAAUCAGAGUCAUAGCUCUAUAACGCAGUUAAAUGUUUUCUUCAGACCCGCUUCUACCCCCAGGAUCUUCUUUGAAAGUUCCAGAUGGAGCCAGGAUUGUAGUUCAGUGAUAGAGUGCUGGCCUAGUAUGUGUGACACUGCAUUUGGUCCCUGGUAUUGCCAAAAGAAAAAGUUCCAGAGAUGUGCCUGCCCUAUCAGGAGGGUGAGCUCUGCUGCUGGGGUUAGUGGCUUCUCUAGCAGUGUGAAGCCUGGAAUGAGAGGAAGAGUUUAUGCCGGCUGCUGUUAUGUUACUCUGCGUGGCCAGUGUUUUAUUGACCCAAACACUGGGUCUGGGCUGCAGUUGAAAAGCUUGUUAAAGGAGGAUCUUUUGGGGGCUGGGAGUUUAGCUCAGUGGCGUAAGCGCCUGCCUUGCAAGCAGGCAGACGUGAGUUCAAUCCCCAGUACCAAUAAAAAGGAAAAAAAGACCAAAAAAAAAAAAAAAAAAAAAAACGUAAAAAAAAAAAAAGGAGGAUCUUUUAAUAAGGUGCUGUUUCCAGUCUCUGUCUCUGUGUUAUUUAACAAGGUAACUUAGUGUUCGAUCUAGAUUUAUUUUUAAAGCAUUUUUUUGGCAUACUGCAAAAAGAAAUCAUAUUUAGUAGAGCAAAACUGAUCAAAACGUUGAAGCCAAAAUAGAAAAUUAGAAUAAUCUUUAAUCCUAUCACUUAGGGUAAAACACUAUUAAUGUUUUGAUAUGUUUCCAACCAAGGUGUUUUUUGCGUAUGCACAGACAUUUUGUUUGUUUUUAAGCAAACCAUUGGGAUCAUUCUGAGCAUACUGUUUUAUAGUACGAUCAGCCAACAAUUUUCUUCAUAUUACUGUUUUCUUUCAUAACUUUUAAACAGCAGUUGAGAUUCCAUUAACUAUACUGUAUAUUCCAUUAGAUAUACUGUAAUUUGCUUGAUGAUUAUCUUUUAGAAAGACAGCAAACAUUUUAUUACAAAAGUAAUAGCCAUUCAUCGUAGAGCAUGUAAUAAAAAUUGUUAAAGAGAUUUAAAAAGCCAUUUCACUAAUCAAAACAAGUCGCUGUUUUGUAGUUUUUUUUUGUAUUUAUAAUAAUACUUGUCAUUCAGGUUUUUUCCUUUAGUUUCUUACUUGCAGUGUACAUCCUAGGAUCAGGGAAAAUACAGUCUGGAAUUAAAUUUUAGUUUUAAAAUUCAUAGUUUGGUUUUCUUAGCUGUCCAGGAAUUAAAUAACUGUAUAAGAGUCUUGAAAUGAUGUGAUAUAUUUAACCAGUAAGAAGAAAGUACAUGGUUCUUCUAAGGAAGCUCAUAGAAAAUGGGAAGUAUAGAAGGGCAUUAUUAGAAGCAGAGAAUACUCUGAUCAACAUUGUAAUUUUUUAGUAUUUUUAAUAGUUUGAGAGCUUAGCAAAUUUAGUUCUGUGCUCUGCCUUAUUGGAUAUUACAGUCAUUACCUCAGUACUUACCAGAUUUGUUCAGGGACUUGUGAUGAGUACUGACACUGAUGAGUUCCGAAAUGAAUUUUUCCCAUAAAAAACAGUGUAAUUAGAAAUAAUUCAUGAGUUCCCAAGACUUUCAUGAUUUUUUUUUUUUGUGUGUGUGUGCCGGGGCUUGAACUCAUGACCUUGUGCUUGCCAGGCAGGUGCUUAUGCCACUAAGCUAAAUUCCCAGCCCUGGACUUUCAUAUUUUGUGAGGCUAAUACAAGCUUUUUACGCUUACUGGUGUCGUUUUUAACUUUUUUGGGGCCCAUUGGUAGCACUUAAAAUGCAGAGGUGCAAGACAGUAAUGAUAAGUUUGUAGUGUUUUCUGCACUGUUCAAGAGUUACUGUGAGACUGAUGCAAGUGUGGAGGACUGAAGCAAUUUUUCUUGUUAAAAUGUAACAGAGGAACCAAGUGUGGUGGUACACACCUGUAAUCUCAGGUCUCAGGAGGCUGAGGCAGGAGGAUUGUGAUGAGUUUGAGGCCAGCCAGGACUAUAUAGUGAGACUGUCUCAAAACAACAACAAAACAAUGUGACAGUACUGGGUUUGAAGCCCAGGAGUACCAAAGUAUAGCUGUAUGUGGUAAAUACUUUGAUAUGUUAUUAAAAUUCUGAAUACAUAAUUUUUAA